UUAUGUGAUCGAGAACGAAGAAAAUGCUCACAAAUGUUUGAAAGAAAAAAACCCUAAACCUCCAAAAUUUGCUUCGAGAAGAAAAUGAAUGGUGUUUCUCGUUAUCUUCGAGCUUCUUCACUUCCGUCGUUGAUUCGCAGCUAUGGUGGAAUCAAUUCGGUCUGUCGAUUUUCGUCUCAAUCUGAUGGCUUCUCUGGAGGGAGAUUCAGAGAGCAAGGGCCAGUUCCUGGAGAGUCUGCAAAUAAUUCAGGCUUACCAAACACGGGAAGAUUCGGUUCCCCUUCGGAGCCUAACCCUCCGACUCUGAGAACUUUCGGUGAUAUGAAAGCAGGCUUGUUAAACAGAGGAGUAAACGGUUUCUCGGCUCCUAAUGCUCCUCCUACCUUCAAAAAUUCACUGAGAUCAAGAUUACCUAACUCCCUACCUGAUCAGUUCAGUCAGACGAAUCCAGGCUUACCAAACACUGGAGGAAGCGGAUUCUCUGCUCCUAGUGUAUCAAGCUACGAGAAUUUCACUCAAUCUUCACUUCUCAAUGAGAAUCCCCGCAGUGGAGGGAAGUCAAGCGACCUGGAUUUUGUUAGAGAAGUAAUAGAAGAUGAAGGAAGGAGAACCUCAGGGAUAUUCUCUCAUUUCCAUCGCCCAAACCUCGAAACGAAUGCUGACAUCAUUCACAUCAAGAUGUUGCGGAACAACACUUUUGUCACGGUUACAGAUUCCAAAGGAAACGUCAAAUGCAAAGCAACAUCCGGUAGUUUACCCGAUCUGAAAGGUGGACGGAAGAUGACAAAUUACACAGCUGAUGCAACCGCAGAAAACAUUGGGAGAAGAGCUAAGGCUAUGGGACUGAAAUCUGUGGUUGUUAAGGUUAACGGAUUUACACACUUCGGGAAGAAGAAGAAAGCCAUUAUUGCGUUUAGGGACGGUUUCACCAACUCUAGGUCUGAUCAGAAUCCGAUAGUGUACAUCGAGGACACGACUAGGAAAGCUCAUAAUGGUUGCAGAUUACCAAAGAAACGUCGGGUGUGAAAAGAAAACAUCGCAUGUCCUCUCUUGUUAUUCUAUGGUCACUAUAGACACCAUCUCUUUUGGCAAGUUCUCUUUUUUGUUGGUUAUGUUUUCUCCUUUAAAUCCGAGGAAUAUCGGGGUAUUAAAGGGAUUUGAUUAAUAAUCCUAA